UAUAUCUGUAUGUUUGUUCUUUUUUCCAGACAAUGCCGCCAAAUGCAAUGAAGGACAAUUCCGAUGUAAGGCAAGUCAUAAAUGCAUACCCAACAAUUGGGUAUGCGAUGGCGAAUUUGAUUGUGGCGAUUUGGAUACAUCCGAUGAAAUUAAUUGUCCUUCGGAUUCUUUAAAGUGCCUUUCAUAUCAAAGAGAAUGCGGCAAUGGCGUUUGUCUGGAUAUAUCAAAGUUCUGUGAUGGCAAUUGGGAUUGUGAUAACGAUGAACUUAAAUGUGAUAAACAAGACGCCGAAUGCAGUACCUUAAAAUGUUCAUUCAACUGCAAGCUGACACCCCAGGGCCCAACAUGUUAUUGUGCGCCAGGACAAAUGCCUGUCAAUAAUACGCAAUGCGUGGACUUCGACGAAUGCACUAUUGAGGGCAUAUGCGAUCAUCAGUGUCAUAAUACACCCGGCUCCUAUGAAUGUUCCUGUGCGCCGGGAUAUAGCAAGCAAAGAAAUCGCUGUUACGCCAUUAACGUACCAAAAGAUGAACCUGCCUCAUUAGUUUUUAUCACUCAAACGGAUGUACGCCGUAUUGAUCCUAAUAAUGGCACCACAUUAGCCAUUGUCAAUGCUGUAGAUAUAUCGGCUGUUGAGAUUUGGCAUCGCAAUAGAAGUCUCUGUACCGCAGAAGCCAGUAUGUGGACAACGACAGAAUUGAAAUGCUAUCGCAUUGAUGAUAUGAAUGUAACAUGGGCGCUGCCGUUGCCGGAACUAAUUACAAGUACACAUGUCCGUGCUGAAUUAAUUUCAUCUCAUCGUCAUUGGCAUCAUCGGUCGUCGUCAUCAUCAUCGUUCUGGUCGUCAACAUCACCAGUCGAAACAUUCUCUGUCAUUGUUACUGGUGGAGGAAUGGGGAGUUUCACAAGAUACAUAUUGAACAAAAUGAGAAAUAGGACACCGCCUUGCGGUACUCUCAUUUUGAUCUUGCAAUAUUUGCAUUUUUGGUCACGGAACUCAACGAUGCCUUGCCGCACAUUACG